GUUUGUUACCUGUGAGUGAAAUGGUGAAAAGACUGUCACCGAUAGUGAGUCUACGCAACGUUUGUACGUGUAAUUCAUAAAACUAGACUGGAAAGGGAUUCCCUCGCAGAUCAGAUUUGUAAUGUUUCCUGGUCACACAUCUAGAAUGAUUUCAAAAUUGAAGAUGCUUGUUUUACUGCUGUGUUUCACUGGCAUUGGUGUGUAUUUCAAAAUGGGCUACCACUUCACUUAUUAUGCUAUGAACCAAAAGCCGUGUGCUUGUAAAAAAUGCUUAUCUGAAGAUAAGCAGUUGCUUCUGGAUCAAUCGAACAGAAGCAUUCAACCAUUUUUGACUCCAGACUUCAGCAUCUUGGAGAAUGAAUUCAACUGGUGGAAGCGCUUGCAGACUGAAAGCCGUAGCUUUGGAGUUUAUGAAACAACGGUGGCCAACUUCUUUAAAAUCUUCCCACGGAAUCCAGAUGUUAUACAACCCAAACCUGACCACUGCAGGACUUGUGCAGUGGUAGGUAAUUCUGGUAAUCUAAGGAGAUCACAUUAUGGACCGCUGAUAGAUUUACAUGAAGUUGUCAUAAGAAUGAACACUGGUAUUACCAGAGGCUUUGAAAAAGAUGUUGGUAACAAGACAACUCAUCGUGUCAUGUAUCCAGAGAGUGCUGUGGAUGUGGAUGACAACACUCAUUUUGUGCUGUUUCCUUUUAAGAUACAGGACUUUGAGUGGCUCAUUAAUGCCUCUACAACAGGUUUUACUGGAAGGUCUUAUAUGCCAGUGCCUUCAAAGAUCAAAGCUAAUAAGGAUUUGGUCAUGGUGGUAAAUCCAGCUUUUAUGAAAUAUGUUCAUGACGUUUGGCUGGGACACAGAGGACUUUAUCCAUCCACUGGCUUUAUGGCUUUGAUUCUUGCACUGCACAUUUGUGAUGAGGUUGAUGUGUUUGGUUAUGGAGCUGACAGUAAUGGAAACUGGAGUCACUACUGGGAAAUACUCAAAAACAAAAAUUUAAAAACUGGAGUACAUGCUGGAAAAUAUGAAUAUGACAUCAUCUGGCGCUUAGCUCAGCAACAAAAAAUUAAGUUUUAUGAGGCUGUAAUGAAGACGAUAUGAUUGAACCAGGAGCCAAAGUACUGAUGUGAAGCCAAAUGUAUGAAUUUACAACUAUAAUUGUCUCAUAUAGAGACAAUUCAAACUUAAAUUAAGAUUUAUUAUGAAGAAUGACUAUUAUUCCCUGAAGGACAAGUCAUUUGAUAUGUGCAGUUUUGGCAGUGUCUUUCCUCAUCUUAGACUUUAUGCUAACUUUGAAAAUAAAUAGGUGCACCCAAGGAAAAGCAGUCAGUCAUACAUACAUACAUGCCGAGCAUUAUAAAGUAAUUAUUGAAGGAUGGCAUUAUGGAAGGAGGAGCAAAGGGUAAAGAAGCAGAUGACAUAACACAAUUCAAAUUGUGUUUAAAAUGGGCAUUUGCAUCCUUUUGCAUCCACAUUUUAUAUAGGGUUACAAUAAUUUAAGUUUAUUGCUUUUUGUAAUGACCAUGGGAGAAACAAAAUAUUACAGCUUUUGAAAUAAAAUGCUUUGAAGGUAUUUGAUGAUAGUAGCAUUUAACUGCAUUUAGAAAUCAGAUAUUUGUAACUAUGUUAAAAAAUAUCUGAAAGGGUAUUUUUUUUGAAAGUUUGUUAGAAUGACGUGUUUUCGUAAAUGUGAUUAAGUUUAUGUAGGUCAUAAAAAGCUGGUCAGCAGAAUUGUGCACUAUAUUGCCAAAAGUAUUAGCUCAUCUGCCUUCGGACACAUAUCUACUUGAGUAGAUACGGUUUAAUAUGAUGUCGGCACACCCUUUGCAGCUAUAAAAGCUUCAGCUCUUCUAGGAAGAAUUUGGACAUUCUUUAGGAGUGUGUUUAUGGGAAUUUUUUAUGGGAAUGAGAAGGGCUGAUUUGCAGUUUCCAAAGUAACUCAUUCCAAAGGUUGGGGUUGGGUUGACGUGAGGAUUCAACUGCAUGUACAAGAGCAAAACAUCUGUUCCCCACAAAGCUGGGAGCAUGAAAUUUUCCAAAAUAUCUUGGUACACUGAAGCAUUAAGAGUCUCUUUCACUGGAACUAAGAACUCCUGAAAAACAACCCCACACCAUUAUCCCCCCACCAACAAGCUUUACACUUGGGAAAAUGCAGGCAGACAAGUACCACUCUUAUGGCAACCACCAAAGCCAGACUCAUCUAUCAAAUUUCCAGAUAGAGAAGCAUGGUUCGUCACUCUGGGGAACACGUGUCCACUGUUCUAUAGCAGGGCUCUAGAGUGCGACCAAAUUUUUCAAUGGUGCGACUAAAAAAAAUAUUUGGUGACACCAGUGCGACCAACUGUUUGGGUAACAAAAAAAAUCUCUGCAACUCUCCAUGUGGUCAACAACAGACACACAUUAUGCCCCUAUCGUGGACUAAACCAAUCAGAGAUAGUCAGGGGCGGGACCUCU